AUGAAGUUCUGUGCUGCAAUUCUUAGCAGCACGCUUCUCGCGACUGCUGCUUUUGCUGCGCCCUUGACUGCUAAACGUCAAGCCCGCUAUGAAGCUCGCCGUUUGGCUCGCGCCGAAGCGGGUGUGACAGAGCGCCAUAGCAAUCCUCCGUUCAAACCUGAGAGUCACGAGGUUCUUAACCUCAACGAGACCGCCCACGAGGAGUACAGUUCCAACUGGGCUGGCGCCGUUCUCAUAGGCUCCGGCUAUUCUGCGGUUACCGGUCAAUUCACGGUCCCAACUCCCAAGGUCCCUAGCGGCAGUAGCAGCAGCGGAACAUACUCUGCUUCUGCCUGGGUUGGUAUCGACGGUGACACCUGGGGAAACGCAAUCCUCCAGACCGGCGUUGACUUUACAAUCACGAAUGGCAAGGUCAGCUACGAUGCCUGGUACGAGUGGUACCCUGACUACGCCUACGACUUUACUAGUAUCCCCAUCUCCGCUGGGGAUGUCAUCAAAGUCACCGUGACUGCUGCUUCCAAGUCCUCCGGUACUGCGGUUAUCGAGAAUGUUACCACUGGCAAGACUGUUUCUCACACAUUCUCCUCUGGUAGCACCCAAGGCAGCCUAGGCGAGGUUAAUGCUGAGUGGAUCGUUGAGGACUUCGAGUCUGGUGGUUCUCUUGUGGAAUUCGCCAACUUUGGGACUGUCACUUUUACUGGGGCUCAGGCGACUGACAAUGGUUCGAAGGUCGGGCCUUCUGGUGCCACUCUCAUUGACAUUCAGCAGAACGGCAAGGUUCUUACUUCCAGCUCUGUCACCUCCAACAGUGUCAAGGUCAGCUACGUCUAA